AUGUCAACGUUCAUAUCGUUUCCGGCUGAAACGCCCGAAAACGACGACCCAAAGCUGCUCAGCAACAUCUACUCCAAGUUCAGGAGCAUCACGUCGGCAGCAUCUUCAGCGGUAUCAGGAGUACUCCCCAAGGAGCGCAGUGGCCAUUCUCGCACCUCGUCCCAAGCCCCUUCUCGAGCCCACUCUUGCACUCCCUCGAUAGCGCCUUCUUUCAGAGCAAGCGACGAACAUGUGCGUUUCAGAGACGACUCGGACAAUAACAGCAUCUUGCCAGAUUCCCUGUCGCUCCUAGACACGUCCUCAGUAAGCGAAAUGGCGCCUGUAGUGGGCAGAGAGGGACUUAGACUCAACAUCAAACAGCCUUCUCCUAGUGUCAGCAGUGUCAACAUUCUGUGGGAUGGCAAUAUGGCUACUCCUCCGCCACCAGCCCCAUUGGUUCCCCAAGUCAAUAAAAGCAAGGUGACCCGAUCAGUAUCGACAAAUACACUCAGGUCUUCUCGCUCCUCUAUGAAAUACCACCUUCCAGGAUACAUUGAUAGAGAUGGAAGCAGUGAUAGUGAAAGCAUAGUCAGUACGGCUGACUCUCUGCCAGAGGCGCCAGAGAGAACAUCUUUACUGCGUGCGGGAGGACUUGAGAAACAGUUUUGGAUGAAGGAUGAAAACGCUACCGAGUGUUUCAGUUGUGGAAAGGCUUUUAGCACCUGGAGAAGAAAACAUCAUUGCCGAAUUUGUGGACAGAUCUUCUGCUCAGCAUGUACCACGCUGCUGGAUGGAAAGAAAUUCAAAUACCCAGGCAAGAUGAGAUCGUGCUACAAUUGUAUGGAUAUUGCAGACCGUUACGAGGCGACAGAAUCGGACUCAGACUCAGAACGAGAGAUUGCAGAAAGCAUCUACGAUAACUCUGUAGAUGUGGAAGCGAUUGAAGCAAAUCAAUUGCAUCCUGUGCGCUACAAGCCGUUGCCCACCCCUACAAUGGCCAUUCCCACUACUCGUCUGGGUGAAGGAGGAGCAUUGGAGAUCAUGGAGGGUGGCUCCAGACCAUCGAGCAGUCGGUAUUCCAACAUUCGCCGAAGCCGAACGAAAUCUCUGCCCUGGAACUCGGUUGCUACUAAUGGAGGAAACUACAUUCAGGAUUCUAUGGAAGGCAUUAAUGACGUUAACGAUAGUGAUCAUGCUGCUGAGAGUGAAUCUGAAGACGAACACGCAUUGUCGCUUCUUGCAGCUCUUCAAAUGGAUCGUACAGCGGCAUCUGUGGAUCCGAAUGCCAGCCAGACUUCCAUGCAAACCACAAUGAGACGCCCUCGAAGUGGUACAAACCGAAGCAUGGAACCUGUCAACAUCUCGAGAGAGCCAUCGACGUCAGUUCCUCGUAUCCAACGUAUCAAGAAGCGAUCUAGAUCGUUUGUGUCUAACAAACGUCUAUCUGGACGUCCCUUGAGUCGUGCUGGAAGUCUGCACCCUGAAGAAGUGGCCCCUCCCUCUCCCGUCAAGGUUAACAGCGCUGUUGCGGUGAAGGGUCCCCAGUACCCCACCAUGCAGCUCAACACGGCGAGUAUUCAUCACACUUACAAGUUCUGCAGGCAACUUCUUGAAGACACCGGAGUGCCUAAUGUGGAGGAAUGGACUGAGGCUCUCAUCAAGCCAGUGUUUCAAUGCUGCGAGAACACUGAGCUGGAUGUGAGAGCAGAGGAUUCUAUCGAUAUCCGAAACUACAUCAAAAUCAAACGAGUCAUUGGAGGCUCUCCUAAGGACACUUUCUACCUGCAGGGUCUGGUGUUCACGUCGAACAUUGCCAUCAAAGGCAUGCCUUCAGAGGUUUCCACCCCCAGAGUGCUUGUUAUCACCUUCCCUAUUGAAUAUGCUCGACCUGACGGGGUUCAUGUGAUCUCUAUUAACCCUGUGGUUGCACAGGAGAAGGAGUUUUUGAAGAAACUGGUCAAGCGGAUAAUUGCACUACGACCCAGUGUCAUCGUGUCUAACUCCCCAGUGGCUGGUUUCGCCCUCCAUCUUCUCAGCAAGUCGGGUAUUGCUGUGGUUCACAAUGUCAAGGACACUGCUAUUCAACGAGUGUCUCGGUAUACAGGUGCAGACGUGUGUUUCUCCAAGGACCAGCUAGCACACCCUCGCCUGGGUCAUUGUGAGCUCUUCUCAGCUCGUCAAUAUGUCUCCGAGGGUGUUCGAAAGAGUUACAUCAUAUUCUCAGGCUGUCCUCGAGAACUCGGUUGCACUAUUGUUCUCCGAGGUCCCGACGAAGAAGCUCUCAAGCUGGUGGUUGAGUUCAUGGUAUACGUUGUAUUCAACCUAAAGCUCGAGACCUCCCUUCUACGUGAUCAACUAGCGAUGAUCCCCAACAAGCUGCCAUUGACAAAAGACAUUGAGGUUCAGGAACCACCAGAGGAGCCUGAGGAUCACCAGUCUGGUUACUUCAACGACAUUGUUCGUCUCCAGCAGUCUAAGAUUUUAUCUUCAUCUCCUUUAGUCCAGUUUGAGCUUCCCUACUUGCUGACAUCGGCUCGUGAUUUGGAAGAUCGCUUGGUGGAGAUGGAUUGCAAGAUUGAGCUGCAGAAGAAGUCUGAGGGACUGGACGACGAGCAGUUUCUCCAGCUGGUCAACAAUGAGAUGGAGAAUCGAUUUAGGGGUGUUAAUCUGGACCUGUCCAAUCUUCCUCGAGCUGGAAUCCAACGGAUAGUCAAGACUAUGGCUGAUCAGGGCUACCAACGACUCUACGAUCAGUGGUCUCUUGCCAAGUAUAGAUGGGAGCUUAUGUUUUCCAACAAUCCUUACAUGUUCUCCCCCAGUGUGCACCAGAACCUCGUUGUGUUGUACUCAAUGGUCAAUAUCAAGACAGCCACACCUUGCCUUGGUCCCCAAAACCUCAAUAUGGACUACUAUUCCGAAAGUGAUAUUACCCUGGGUCACUUCAUUGAAAAUGUCAUCUUGAGUGCUCGAAACCUGUGCAGUGAGGGAUGUGGACGUCCUCUCUCAGACCAUUUCCAGAGCUAUGUUCACGGUCAUGGACGGCUCAAUGUUGUCAUCGAGCCAUUUCCUUGCCGACUGCCUGGUCUAGAGAACCAGAUUCUCAUGUGGUCUUACUGCAAGAUUUGUAAGCGUGCCAUGCCUGCUUUCAUGCCCAUGUCAGAAAACACGUGGAAGUACUCGUUUGGCAAGUAUCUGGAGCUGACCUUCUGGGGCAAGAAGGUGUCUCUGCGAGCUUCCGCUUGUCCUCAUAACCUCUACAGAGACCACAUUCACUUCUUUGGAUUGCAGAACAUGGCUGUUCGGUUUGAGUACUCGGAGAUUGAUCUUCUUGAGAUUGUUGUUCCUCGAGCCAAGACGGAGUGGGAUGUCACCUUUGAUAUCCGACACCGGCUCAAUCGGUACGCCAAGAUUCGAGACUCUAUCAACAAGUUCUGUGAGUCUGUUAUGCGACGUCUUCUGCGAGUCAAGGUUGAAGGUCUGACACCUGAGCGGUUCGAAGAGUUCAAGACCCGCGCUUCUGAGCUCAAGGAGCGGUGUGAAACUGAACGAGAGGAAGCUCUGCAGUACCUCGACGAAAUUACGCGAUCGUCUUCUCCUCGAGACUACCUUAGACUAAACGCUGCAGUCAAGUAUGUUCAGCAGCUUGUGGUUGAGUGGGAGAACGAGUUCACCGAAUUCGAACAGGCCUUCUUCCCCUCCGAAAAGGAUAUCACUCGUAUCACCGCUCAACAGUUGAGACGUAUCUUCCUUGAUGAGAAAGAUGAAAAAGAAGACAAGGAGGAAGAAGGUAAGGGUAAGGAGGAGGACAAGGAGUUCAAUGAGAAAGACACAAAGCUGGACAAUAAGGAUGGAGCUAAGAAUGAUGAUAAGGUCGCCUCCAAGAAGACUAUUAAGUCGGACUCUAAACAUGAUGAGUAUAAGGGCGAUGAGUCUGUAGACAAGUCCGAACUGUCAAAGUCAGGUCAUGUCACGCCGAAGCCCCUUGAAAUCGAGGGAUCCGAUACACUCUCCGUUGUCCCUUUCAAUGACGAUGAGGAAAGGCCUUCCAGGCCGUCCACAAAUGCUAGUUCGCCUGUAAAGACUCUAUCUCCUAUUGUUACUUCCCCUGUCGUGUCCCCGAAGACGUCCACGCCUACAUCCCCCAUCACUUCUCCUCAUGUUUCUUCUCUCACCUCUCCCACAAUUUCCCAGCUGUCUAAACCUGAGGAUCCUCAGAGCGACGCUUUCCGAGAACGAAUGACAGGUAUUCCUCGUCGAUCAGCUGCCAUGAAUUCUCCUAUUUCCGGUGACAAGGUCAAGGAGAAGUCUCACCUGUCGCGUUCUGUGUCUCCCACGAAGCGGUCUUCUAUUCCCAUUCUGCAACAGCUUGCUGACCGUGGAAUGGGCCCACCUCAGGCAAUGUCUGUGUCGCCCGAGAAGACGAUUCGAAAUAACCCCAGCGCAUUCAGACAACGGUAUGUUAACUCCAGUACGGAGCUUGAACGACAACUUCAGCUGGGUCGAGAGCUGGGUUCCAACCGAGUGUCUUCUUUGGCCAAGCACUUUGACCAGCUGUCGAGAGAGUUCGAAAAGGAAAGAGCUAAGGAGCGAAAGCUUCUCGCUGCUAGUCGAUUCCGUGCUUUACCUGUUCAUUCUUCCAAGCCCAUUGUUGAUGUUUACAAGUCUGUUCAGGAUGCUGUUGAAGAGGAGGAGUCUGCAAGUUCCGAAGACGAAAAAAACAAGGCUGCCAAGGUUGGAGGAGGUUCGGCACCUGGUACACGAAAGUCCAGCACCUCUCGAAGGGCCACCACUGCCAAACCUUCCGCUUUGUUGACUGCUCCUGAUCCUGAGCCUUCAUCUCCUGAAGCUCACAUUUCAGCCUCUGUCCAGAAGGAUGGAGUCACCAAGGAGGUUGUGGAGGUUGAGGGUGGCCCAGUCACCCAACACACUCUCACUUCUGCUGUCAAUGAUGCUCUUUCCGGAGAUCUUCACCAAACAGCUGAACGUCAGUCCCUCAUGAAGACUCUCGCGUCUUUCUGGGCUGAUCGAUCGGCUACUGGUUGGGAUGCUCUUGAGUACCCGCUUGCAGCUACAGAGCACAUUUUCGCAGACUCUGAUGUCAUUGUUCGGGAAGACGAGCCAUCCUCGCUCAUUGCCUUUUGCUUGUCUCUUCCAGAUUACAAAGAGAAGAUUCGAGUGUCCAACGAAACCGAAAACUCAGGCGCCGUCCCUCCUGAAGAGAUCCAGGUGCAGGUCGAGGAAGAGUCUCCCCUUGAGAAACUCAUGCUCAAGAAGACUUCGUCUCAUCUGCGAUACCAAUUCCAGGAAGGUUCUGCCAAACUGUCUUGUAAGGUAUUCUAUGCCGAACAGUUUGACGCCUUCAGACGACACUGCAAGGUGGAUGAGUACUACGUCCAGUCUCUUUCUCGGUGUGUCAAGUGGGACAGUAGAGGUGGUAAGUCCGGCUCAGCCUUCCUCAAGACUCUAGAUGACCGUCUCGUUGUCAAGCAAUUGAGUCCUGCUGAGCUGGACGCAUUUUUGUCCUUUGCCCCAUCCUACUUUGAUUACAUGGCCCGUGCCUUCUUCCACGAUCUACCUACGGUCAUUGCAAAACUGCUUGGCUUCUACCAGAUCUUGAUCCGAAACACCAUCACUGGGGUGACUGUCAAGAUGGAUGUGUUGGUGAUGGAGAACCUAUUUUACCAGCGCAAAAACCUGCGAAUCUUCGAUCUUAAGGGCAGUAUGAGAAACCGACACGUUCAGCAGACUGGUAAGGAUGACGAGGUGCUUCUGGAUGAAAACAUGGUGGAGUAUAUUUACGAGUCGCCGUUGUUUGUGCGUGAGCACGCCAAGAAGCUGCUUCGAACCUCGCUGUACAACGACACGCUGUUUUUGGCGAAGAUGAACGUUAUGGACUACUCUCUGGUGAUUGGUAUCGAUAGCGAAGAGAAGGUGCUUGUUGUUGGUAUCAUUGAUAUCAUUCGAACGUUUACCUGGGACAAGAAGCUCGAAUCUUGGGUCAAGGAACGAGGUCUGGUUGGAGGAGGUGCCAAGGAGCCCACGGUGGUGACGCCACGACAGUACAAAAAUCGGUUUAGAGAAGCCAUGGAGAGAUAUAUUCUCAUGGUUCCAGAGUGA